UGUAAGCAAGCACUAAUAAACCGGACCGUGUCACCACCUCCAAAAUCGUAUGUAAGCAAGCAGUAAUAAACCGGGCCUCACGCUUUGACCCAACACUACUAACUAGCCCACCCACGAAUCCCCUGAUGACGAUGGAUUGGGGGCCCGGCCAUGGCGGGGUUGUUGCCGCACCGAUGGCAAUGGCGGGGUCCCGGGCGUGUCCUGCGCGACCCCGUCGUCGUCGCCCGACUCCUCCAGCGCUGUGCGCGGGCCGGCGACGCCGCGCGCGGGGAGCAGCUCCACGCGCUCCUCGUCACCUCCGCCGCCGCCGCCGCCACGUUCGUGGCGAACCACCUCGUCAGCAUGUACGCCAAGUGCGGCCGCGUCGACCGCGCCCUCGCCGUGUUCGACGCAAUGCCCAGCAGGAACCUCGUCUCCUUCUCCGCCCUCGUCUCCGGCCUCGCCCAGAACGCCGCCUUCGCCCGCGCCCUCGCCGCCUUCUCCGCCAUGCUCGCCGCCGGUUUUAAGCCGACCCAGUUUGCGUUCUCCAGCGCCGUCCGAGCGGCAGCCUCGUCCGGCUUCUCGGAGGCCGGCAAGCAGUUGCACUGUUUAAGUUUGAAGUCCGGUUUUAAUGUCGAUCUCUUUGUGGCGAGCAAUUUGGUCGACUUGUAUGCAAAAUGCGGGUCAAUGGGAGAGGCACUUAAGGUGUUUGACGAAAUGCCACACAAGGAUGAGGUGGCGUGGACGGCCGUAAUUGAUGGGCACGCGAAGAACGCGAAUCUCAGCGAAGCUGUAUCAGCUUUUCGCGACAUGCUACGUGAAGGGGCCGUGAAUGCUGACCAACACGUGCUUUGUAGUGCCCUGAGCGCAGGCGGUAUCCUAAACUCCCCCCGGCUCGGUACUUCUCUCCAUUCAUACGUAAUAAAGGUUGGCCUUAGUUCGGAUACAUCCGUGCGGAAUGCCUUGACCGGUAUGUAUGCCAAGGCCAGAGACAUGGAAAGUGCCACCAUUGUAGUCGGUGCGGACGCUGCAUGUUGGAAUGUGGUGUCGUCGACUUCUUUGAUCGACGGAUAUAUUGAGAUGGGCCGCAUUGAAGAAGCUGUAAGAACAUACAGCGAGUCGAGAAGGCGAUGUAUCGAGCCAAACGAGUUCACCUUCUCGAGCAUGAUAAAGGGUUGCGCGGCGCAAGCGGCGCUCGAACAGGGCGCCCAGCUCCACGCGCACGUGAUCAAAGCCAACUUCUUCAAAGAUCCCUUCGUGUCCUCCACCCUCGUAGAUAUGUAUGGUAAGUGUGGGCUGCUAAAUUUUGCUAUCCAACUGUUUGAUGAAAUCACUAACCCUACUGAUAUAGCAUGGAAUUCGUUGAUUAGCGCUCUCGCACAGCACGGUAAGGGAAAGGACGCUGUUAGGGCUUUCGAUAGGUUGAUUUUAGCAGGGAUUCGACCGAGUUAUAUAACGUUUAUUAGCCUCUUAAUGGCGUGUAGCCAUUCGGGGUUAGUCGAAGAAGGGCUAAAGUAUUUCGAUUUGAUGAAGGAAAAGUAUGGUAUUGAGCCGCGAGAAGAGCAUUAUUCGUGCAUCAUCGAUAUGUACAGUAGAGCGGGGAGGCUCAGAGAAGCCGAAGAAUUCAUAAGGGAGAUGCCCGUAGAGCCUAAUGCUUAUGGGUGGUGUUCUUUGUUAGGAGCUUGUAGGAUUAGAGGGAAUAAGGAGUUGGGCGAGCUCGCUGCGGAGAAUCUGCUGAAGCUCGAGCCCGAGAACAGCGGAAUUCAUGUAUUGUUAUCUGGUAUUUAUGCUUCACUGGGUCAGUGGGAGGAUGUGAAGGCUUUGAGGAAGUUGAUGAGAGAUAGUAGGGUAAAGAAACUCCCUGGUUUUAGUUGGGUCGAUGUGAAUAAUAAGACACAUGUAUUCGGGUCUGAGGAUUGGUCGCAUCCUCGCAAGGACGAGAUAUACAAGAAACUCGAGGAGAUUUCAAUGAAGAUAAGAGAAGAGGGUUACGCUCCCGACACGGGCGCUCUGUCGUGCAAUUUGGAGGAUAGUUUGAAGGAGAGGAUACUGUAUCAUCAUAGCGAGAGGAUCGCGGUCGCGUUUGCUUUGAUAGGCGUUCCGGCAGGGAAGCCGAUCAUCGUGAAGAAGAACCUGCGCGUGUGCGCGGAUUGCCAUGCCGCAAUGAAGCUCAUUUCCAAGGCUGAGAGGAGGGAGAUCAUUCUAAGGGACAAUACUAGGUUCCACCAUUUCGCUGGCGGGUCGUGUUCAUGCGGAGAUUUUUGGUGAUUAUUAUUAUUAUGUAAUCUCAUUUGCUUGCUUGUAUGAGUAGGUCAAAGCAAAAAAAAUUGGCGAUUCUUGUUAUAAUUUAUAUAUCAUCAAUGAAAUGUGAGAAUUGUUUGAGAUUGGUA